GACGACGGGGAGGCAGCCGGGGUCACCCUGAGCUGCGCACCGCGCCGCGAUGCUGAGCAGGUUCCUGGGCCCGCGCUACCGCGAGCUGGCCAGAAACUGGAUUCCCACAGCAGGCAUGUGGGGCGCCGUGGGCGCCGUGGGGCUGGUGUGGGCCACGGACUGGCGGCUCAUUCUGGACUGGGUGCCCUACAUCAACGGCAAGUUUAAGAAGGACGAUUAGUGAGACUGACCCUCCUCGGAUCCCUGUGGUGUCCGCGGUGCCGCCCCCUCCCACGUGAGGUCCUGUGGUGCCUGGAACAGCCCAGCGUGACUCAGGACUCUGUGUUUCUGACAGCAACUUUCAUGUUUGAAUGCACACAGCAUUAAACCGUGCUCUGAAACCCGC